AAUAGAGAAUAAAUGAUGAUGAACUGCAGUAAAUGGGACAUAGAUAAUUAUGAACUACACAAACACGUGCAAUCUUUGUAUAUAAAGCAGUGAAUAUCAGACGUUCAUUAUCAACUACAGUCCCUGUUUUUGGUGAAACCAUGAUGUGGUCUGUAUUGCUAUUGGUGACUCUCUGCAUGGUCCUGAUGGAGGUUAUCCCAUCCUCUCAACUACCAGCUGAGGAUAAUGAAAUGUUCGCCUUCCAAAAUGGACAUUUAGGAGACGGGCCGCCUGGUAAAAGAGAUGUGAGUUUUGAUGGGCAAUCCGGAGACGGGCCACCUGGUAAAAGAGAUGUGAGUUUUGAUGGGCAAUCCGGAGACGGGCCACCUGGUAAAAGAGAUGUGAGUGAUGUUAACGACAAGGGCAGACUGUUGCACAGAGAGGAUUGUUGGCCUCCGUCAUUGUGCAGAAGACGUUAGUAACGUAACAGCUCAAGACUGGCCUUAUUGUAUUGCAGCUCUAAUCCAACGUAUGGUUGUUUGUUCUUAGCCUUGAUACUUGUAUUUUGUGAAAAAUACUGUAUAAUCACGGUGAAAAUUUAUAGAAAUAAAUAACGACGAGGGCAUACUAUUGCACGGAGAGGAUUGCUGGCCUCCGUCAUUGUGCAGAAGACGUUAGUACUGUAGCAGCUCAAGACUGCCCUUAUUGUAUUGCAGCUCUAAUCUAACUUAUGCUUGUUUUUUCUUAGCCUAUAUACUUGUACUUUGCGAUCAAUACUGUAUAAUAACGAUGAAGU